AUGGCCCCGAAACCAACCCUCCUCAACCCAGCUGGGGAAUCCCACGUCUUGACGGAGGGUUCAGACCGUGAAAUCUAUCAAUCAGUUAUGGAUGCCAUUGAUGCACGCGAGAACAUCGAGAUUAACGGUGGCGACGAUAUCGACGACGAGAAUCAUAUUUCCCACGCACUUCCCACCCGACGUGACAUCGUUUCGACGAUUGGCAAAUACACCGAUAACAUGAAUGAUCCCAUCGCGCGCAAGAUGGAAGCCAUUCUGGGUACUUUCACGCGGCAACUUCGUCUUGAUGAGACCAGAGCCAUGAAAAACAGUGUUCUAACUGACUUUUUUAACAGGACAUAG